AUGUUACCAUUUGGGAGGAGCAAGGGGUUUUGCUGGCUGCCCGGGAUUGAAACCAUUGAGCCCGGGAUUGAACCCAUUGAGCCCGGGAUUGAGCCCAUUGAGCCCGGGAUUGAACCCAUUGAGCCCGGGAUUGAACCCAUUGAACCCGGGAUUGAACCCAUUGAACCCAUUGAGCCCGGGAUUGAACCCAUUGAACCCGGGAUUGAACCCAUUGAACCCGGGAUUGAACCCACUGAGCCCGGGAUUGAACCCACUGAGCCCGGGAUUGAACCCAUUGAACCCGGGAUUGAACCCACUGAGCCCGGGAUUGAACCCAUUGAACCCGGGAUUGAACCCAUUGAGCCCGGGAUUGAACCCAUUGAGCCCGGGAUUGAACCCAUUGAGCCCGGGAUUGAACCCACUGAGCCCGGGAUUGAACCCACUGAGCCCGGGAUUGAACCCAUUGAGCCCGGGAUUGAACCCAUUGAGCCCGGGAUUGAACCCAUUGAGCCCGGGAUUGAACCCAUUGAACCCGGGAUUGAACCCACUGAGCCCGGGAUUGAACCCACUGAGCCCGGGAUUGAACCCAUUGAGCCCGGGAUUGAACCCACUGAGCCCGGGAUUGAACCCAUUGAACCCGGGAUUGAACCCAUUGAACCCAUUGAGCCCGGGAUUGAACCCAUUGAGCCCGGGAUUGAACCCAUUGAACCCGGGAUUGAACCCAUUGAACCCGGGAUUAAACCCAUUGAGCCCGGGAUUGAACCCAUUGAGCCCGGGAUUGAACCCAUUGAACCCGGGAUUGAACCCAUUGAACCCGGGAUUGAACCCAUUGAACCCGGGAUUGAACCCAUUGAACCCGGGAUUGAACCCAUUGAACCCGGGAUUGAGCCCAUUGAACCCGGGAUUGAACCCAUUGAACCCGGGAUUGAACCCAUUGAACCCGCGACCAGCGAUGACAGGCCAGCUACUGCCAUGCCUGUGGUUCCUUCAUGGGACGCUGCCAGGGCAAGUAGGAUAUUCUAA